UUUUUUUUUUUUUUUUUUUUUUUUUUUUUUUUGUUUGGUGGGGAGGGGAAGAUGCCAAGUUCACAGGUUCUUUUUUGUUACCUGAUUAGGGCAGAAUAAACAAAAAUGCUGAAUGUGGAAGAAAUCAGAUAUUGGAGAUACCUGGAAAUAAACUGGAAACAACUAAUACCACAAGACUGAAGCAGCAGUGAACAACAAGAUGCUGUGGAAAAGAAAUCACAAGACGAGAGUGCACAAUGCAUUUCAAAUAGGAAAAAGCUUCCUAUCUGCUGAGUGAGUCUCAGUGUAUUCUGACAGAGCACAGACAAAGCUUCAAUCAAAUAUCUCCUAGCAACCAUGGGAGUUCUAAGACAGAUAAAACACUGGCUGGAGUCAAUUGAAGCCAUGGCAUUGUAACAGUCAAAGUGAAUUUAAUCAACACGAUGCUGGAAAUGGGGUAGCAGCUGGUCUCCCAGUGCUGCCACUACCAAUCAGUAAGCAUCAUUAUAAUGUGUCUGCCAAUCCAGAUUUCUACAAUCAAGAUUUCUAUGUUGCAACAAUGCUAACGGAAGCGAGACAAUCUGGAUGUAGUACUGUCAAAGUAUUUUUAAUGGAAACUGUUUUAAAGGCACAAAUCUGACACCAUGGUAGGUUGCAGAAAGCAUUUUAGCACUUCCACAGGACAUUGCAGAUGUAGUUGUGGUACACAUUGGUAUGUCUGUGCUACUUUUAAUCUGCCAGAAUACUUUAUAAUUAGUCAAAGCACAACCAUUAACUUGUACUAAUGGUAAAUAUGUGUUCCAGUGAAUCACAGAUAGCCAUUACGCAAGAUCUCAGUAAAACAGGCUGGACAAGACACACGCUCAUUUCGACUUCUGACUAUAGAAUCGUUAAGGUUAGAAAAGAUCUCAAAGAUCAUCCGAGCACAACCAUUAAAUCGACUAUGCCAAAAACGUUCAGCAAUUCUUCACGUCUAUUUGUAAACAGAGAUGCAUUUUUUCUGAUGCAUUUUUCAAACAAGACUUUUAUCCCAUCAGCGCAAAAUCAUAAACGUAUUUCGGCCAGAAUACUCCUGUGUAUACCGCACCAAGGCGCACUACUGCUGGCUGAGCCGUGCCAGGGCAGGACGAUGGGGGCAGAGCGCGCCUGCAGGCGCCGGGCUGGCCCGAGAGCUAUCUCCAAAAGGAUGUUUUUGAAUACAGAAAGCAAUAUGCAACACUGCUAAGAUCCUGAUGACAAUACACCAAGAACAAGAAUGGGAGUCAAUUUAUUCAGCAAUUCUACUGUUGUAAACAGUUCAUCAAUCAACCAUAAGCAGUUAGAGGGGCAUAGCCUCUGGGAAGUCAUUACUAUUGCCACUGUAACUGCAAUUGUAAGCUUAAUAACCAUAGUGGGAAAUAUUCUUGUAAUGAUAUCCUUUAAGGUUAACAGUCAGCUCAAAACUGUCAACAAUUAUUACUUGCUGAGCCUUGCCUGUGCAGAUCUCAUCAUUGGGAUAUUUUCUAUGAACCUUUAUACAUCCUAUAUACUCAUAGGCCAUUGGUCUCUUGGAAGCCUUGCCUGUGACCUGUGGCUAGCACUGGACUAUGUAGCUAGCAAUGCCUCAGUAAUGAACCUUCUAGUCAUCAGUUUUGACAGAUAUUUUUCCAUCACAAGGCCUUUAACUUACAGGGCCAAACGCACGCCCAAAAGAGCUGGCAUCAUGAUUGGUCUGGCUUGGCUAAUAUCCUUCGUGUUGUGGGCACCUGUAAUCUUGUGCUGGCAGUAUUUUGUUGGUGAACGAACAGUACCACCUGAAGAGUGCCAGAUACAGUUUCUAGAUGAACCCAUUGUCACCUUUGGUACCGCAAUUGCUGCUUUUUACAUUCCGGUGUCUGUGAUGACCAUUCUGUAUUGCCGCAUCUAUAAAGAGACAGAGAAACGUACCAAGGACCUUGCUGAACUGCAGGGUUCAGAGUCUGUGGCAGAGUUUGAGACAAUAAAGCCUCAGAAAGCUCUCCUGAAGUCUUGCUUCAGUUGCAAGCAACAAAACUUAGUCAAAAGAGAGAGGUGUCAGGCUUCUUGGUCUUCAUCUAGUCGAAGUACGUCAGCCACGGCGAAAGCCUCUCAGGCAGCGAGUACUUGUAUCGACUGGGCCAAGGCUGACCAGUUAACCACCUGCAGCAGCUACGCAUCAUCAGAAGAGGAGGAUAAACUUGCCGCUGACUCAGUUUUCCAAGUAACUUACGGAAGUCCAUCUAAUAGUAAGGCAGAAGAGUUUCAUGAGAGUACAGAUGUUGUUGUCAAAGACCAACCUGAAGAAAAUGAUUUUGAGAACCAGAAAUACUUUUUGUCACCUGCCAAAGACCACAUACAGAAAAGUAAAAAAUGUGUAGCCUAUAAAUUCCGAUUGGUGGUUAAGACUGAUGGCACCCAGGAAGCCAACAGUGGUUGCCAAAAAGUAAAAAUAACUCCUUGUUCUGCUGCUCUGUCAAAGGAUCCUUCCAUCAAAAGCAUGGAUCCAAAUAUAAAUAACCAAAUCACCAAAAGGAAACGGAUGGUUCUUAUAAAGGAGCGCAAAGCAGCACAGACUUUAAGUGCCAUUCUUUUGGCUUUUAUCAUGACAUGGACUCCCUAUAAUAUCAUGGUUUUGAUCUCCACAUUUUGCCCUGAAUGCAUUCCAGUAACACUGUGGCACCUCGGAUAUUGGCUAUGCUAUGUGAACAGCACUGUUAACCCCAUGUGUUAUGCCCUCUGUAAUAAAACUUUCAGAAAGACUUUUAAGAUGCUGCUUUUCUGCCAGUGGAAAAAGAAAAAAGUGGAAGAGAAACUAUACUGGCACGGCAAUACCAGACUGCCAUAAUUGCUUUUGAAUAAGGAAUAAGGGGAAAUAUAUAUAUUGAUGUAACCUAGCAAAUUGACUGUAAUUCUGUCUUUUCAAAGCUGUUGCUUUAUGUGUCUAGUGGUUAAAAAAAUCUGCUGAUAAGUUAAAUUUUGCAUGAAAAUAGUGCGUGCUUGGGAUAAAAAGUCAGUGGCUGCUAUGAACGACACAGUUUGUUUUCGACUAUGCAGUAGAUCUGCAUUAAAGUGACUAUGUUUGGGGGUCUUAUGUCCUUUCUUUCAGCCUAAGAAUAUGUAGAGUAAAUUAUGAACUACUAGAAAUUAGACUGGGAUGAUCAUCCAAUCAUCAGGUUAGGUCAUCCAGUCUUUCUCCCUGUAAUUCCCUGUCUUUCUAUAAUUCCUUGCUAGUGUAUUGUCUAUUGAGUUUUCAAUGUACCAAGCAAUGGAGCUUGUACUACUUUUGUUUUGAGACUUUUCCACCUGCUGUUAAAAUGCAACAAGGAAUAUGUAAAGGGAUAAGUGCUGUCAUGCCCAAUACUAAAUGGUUAGGGAGAUUAAUAAUACUCAAAAUGAACACACAUAUUGCAGGAGAUUGUAAUACUGAUAAAAUUUCCACUUUAAGGAGGACUUUUGUGGAGACAUUGGAAGGGCUCAUAGUGAAGGGAAUAGAUAAUGUAUUUUGUAUAUGAAGAAGCCAGUCCUAAUCUCAGUCCCAAUCCAUCAUACAAGUGACUGUCAUCUGCAAAAAUGGUGUUGAUUAGCAGAUAUCUCUAAAUUUCUCCAGUUCCCAGUACCUCUGAAGGAAAUUUUAAAAUUUUAUGCAAUACUGACAAUGGUACAAAACACAACUGAAUGUAAAGCAUAAUGGAUACAGUCUAUCUACAACACAAGGAAAGCCUUUUUCCAAAUCACCUUUGUUGUGCUUCCCCUGAGCCCAGAAUUUUCCGUUACUGAUGGAAUGAUGCAGAACAAGAGAAAAAUAAGGAUUGGUGCACUGUAUGUUUACCUGUAUAUAAACAGUGACAGAAUUGGCAUCCCUGAAAGAUUUUUUUAAAGUAACUUUUGAAUAUUUCUAUAAAACUAUUAAGGACACUUUAUACUUUUUGUCUUUGAAUAGCUUUACAAAUACUAGUCAGUAUCAGGUGCUUGGAAACACAAGUUACCUUCAGGUACUGUCUUUUAGUCCAGCAGAACCAUUUCUGCUGCCGUACCAGGGGCUGGAGUCAACCCCUCAGGUGGCUAUAGCUUCUGGGACUGGGUUGUACUGGCCUAGUUACAGUGACCUGAGGCACUGGCCACUAACUGAGGUUUGCUGGGGCUUUUGGUGCCGGGGCUGAACUGCCUGUGCCUGACUGAUGUCUGUGAUAGAUUGGCAGGAGUCCUGCAGCACUGACUGGGUGCAUAAGCAAGGGGCUGCCUUCAGCAGAAGGCCGUUGGAACAGAGCUGCUGACCUGCCUCUUUCUGGCAGGAACAAACAAGAAGCCUCAGGAAAGACCACGAGAAAACAAAGUUAAUGACAACAGGAGUCACAAGGAAUGAAGAUGUAAAGGAAACAAAUGUUUAUGAAUAAAUGAGAAAUAUCUUCGAGUACUCAAAGUUCAAAUUCAGUUCUAGCCUUUCUAUUAAAAUUCUGAGUGAGAUACUCUGGAAUAUUACUUUGGGACAACCUUCCUAUAAUAUCUGCUAUACACGUUAGUGGGACAUUAUAGUGGUGACAUGACCCAGUUGCACAUUUCAGGGAUUGUAGUAGUUAUCAUGAAUGUACCAUUGCUCUCGGUGAAAUUAUUUGUAUAAUUUAUUAAAUUAUCAUACCAUCAAAAAUUUCCCUACAGAUAAAUAAUUCCACCAUUUCAACAAUCACAGUACAAGUAAUUAACACUUGCUUUAUCCCCAGUCUCCAUAGGGCAAAAUUGUGUCAGUGAAAGGUUAGCAGUGUAAUAAUGUAAAAAUAUAUUCUCUAAAUUCACGAUUGAUUUUGUAAUGCACCAUCCUGUGCCUAUUAUUUUUUGUGCACUAGCAUAUGAUUACUUAUUAAAGGAAAGCAGAGGUUUUUAUAAAGACCCUUUCAUCAACUUUGUUCUGUCACUAUCCAGAGCUUUUCCUGUGUACAGUAACUAUGUACACAUUGGUUAUUAUAGUGGGUUUAUUUUAUAUUACAUUGGAUCAGACAUUCAGUAAACUAUGCUUGAUUUUUAGCAAAUGAAUAUGCCUCUCUGGGGCAAAAGCUGUAGUUAAUGGCAAAAUUUAUGAGGUAGUAACAGUUCCUGCUAGCUGCACUGUUAUUGCUAAAAUGAAGCAUUGGCUUCUACUGAAAUUAAAUGGGAUAUUUUUUGUUGGUUUCGAUUUCUGUUGAAGAAUGUUCUGUAAGUGUUUAUGGACUCUGUGCUCAGCUAAUGUAUUAAAAUACAUGGUGAUGGAUGCAACAAUGUUGAUUUAUUAUAAUUGUGAAAUAUGUGCUCAAAUUAUGCUGCUAGCACUUAAUCAUGUGAGAGAUUACAUGGCCAAACAUGAGUACAUUGUAAAUAUCAAGAAUUAUAUAAAGAGGUAUGUGUUGCUUUAUUGUUAUGUAGGAUAUUUUUUCUUAAAAAAGAAAUCAAAAUCACAAGACAAAUGUGGUUGUCAUCAGAGUAUCACUUAGUACUUAAUUAUAUUUUGUACCUUUGAAAAGUGUUGUGGGACUUUUGCAGUGUAGGACAAUCUUGUUGUCUGUAUUUCUGUAGUUAUAAUGACAUUUUUACUGAUCCUAUAAUUGGUUAUGGUCAUGGACUAGUGAAAUGUUUUUUGUAAAAUUACAUUUUAUUUAUACAUGAUUACAUACACAUACAUAUAUGUACAAAUAUAUGUAUGUAUUAUCAAUAGAGAUGCAUAAAUAUACAUCCCUAACUAAACUUUUCAGAGACCCAGCAGCUUUUAUAUUUUUGAGUAUUGAAUUUUCCCACAGACUUGAGGUAGGAUUUUUGCCUCUACCUUUUCAUAUAUGCCAGCCUCCCUGUAUGUUCCAGAUCCCCAUAAAUUAUCAACUAACAUCAAUUUUCUGUAAAUAUAAUUUAUGUUUGUAGAUAAAUAAUUGGAAUAGUUCCCAGAAUUUUUGAACAGGUAUAGAACACCUGGAUACCGUUGUGCACUUUCCGUGACUACUUAGAGUGAAGAGCUUUGCAAAGGACAGAAAGUCAUGAUAGACCAUAAAUGCAAGGGUUUCCUUUAUAGAAAAAAUCUUGUUGAAUUACGAAAGAAUGAAAUCAAAAGACUUACAGAGAAAAUAGUCUAAGAACCUGUAAAAUAUGAUAGAGAAUAUUUUUCUAUUAAUUAUACAAUUCAGUUGCCAAUAAUGCUUAUCCUACUCAACUAUUCAUGUCAAUUAUUAACUGCUAUUAACUGUUGAAAAUUAUUUUUAUUUGCGGAUUUUUGUUCCUCAUCUCAUUCCCUGCACUGGGAAAUAUGGACUUGAGGAGUCUAGAUCCAGAGGCAGUGAUGGACUUCAAGGCAAAAUACUUCACUGUACUUUCUCAUCACACUUUAGGUGUUGUUCCAGUUUCAGAGCUGAGUCUCAUAAAAAGUCCUCAUCUCUAAUUCUGAUCAUUUUAUCUGGCACAUAGGGCUUUUUCUCAGUGAUCUGUGACAUUGCCUCCUUGUCAUAUUUGAUAGAUGACCUGAACAGGUCAAAUUAAUGUAACUGAUAAAUCUUAAUGCAAAUGCAGGUAAGGAUAGUCACAUCCUUGAAGGAAUAAAAAUCUCACUGAGGUGUGGUAAGCAUGCUAAAUUUAACUGAGAAGUUAAAGAAUCCCAUAUCAAUUUGGAAGGUGCUGUUUUCUCUUAGAAUGUAGUUAUUAUGGAACUGGAUACCCAGUUUAAAACUGAACUUAAUAGUUGUAGACUUUGUUCAGAUUCUGAAUUUUGAAUAGGAUUUUGUAAGAUGCUUCUUUACAUGUGGUAGGAAACAGUUUCCAAAUUGCCCAUUCGUAGUUUUGGAUUCCCAAAAUCUGCAUAUUGAAAGAGAAUUUUUGGAUGCUUCCUUUUUAAAGUUACUCUGUAAUUUUUAGGGGACCUAAUUACUGCUGCCUUCCCUGGAUUCUUUGCUCUAGGUAAACAAACAAACAGACAGAAUGAUGUAGCUUUCCUCUGAAAUUCAUUUUCUCUCCUUUCUAUACAGAUAGAAAUAAUAUGAAGAAUAUGAAUAUGUUUCUUACUUAGGCUUAGUGAGAAACAAAAACCUGUUUCCUCAGAUAUACCUAACAAUCAAGCAGGAGUUACUACAGUCAGUUUGCUGUGAAGCGUACAUCUAGGUGCCCCUCUGUUGGAAAGAACUCUGCCCAAAAAACUCCACACUGCUUCCUUCUUUUUGAUAUUACAGAAGGUUUAAAAAAACUCAAACAAACAAAAAACCCACAAGAAUGGCCCACAUUCACUACUUUUAUGAGCUACAAAGCAGGGUCAGAACUUUCCUCUGAAAUGCCCGCAGUGUUUGCCUUGGGGACUCCAAGGCCUCCAUCAGUUCCUGUAAUGCUCCUGCAGCUGCUGGGUAAUCAGGCUUUUCUGUUUUGAAACAGCCUGCUAAAUCUUAACUCCAGAAGUGGAUAUUGUGUCUUUUCACUUAACUACUUGGCUUUCCCCCUACCAAAUCAGAGAGAGGCCAAUUAUUUCAUACAUGGUCAUCCCAAGUCUCCGUUGCUGCCUUUCGAACCCACUAAGAAAUUUUCUUCCACAUACAAUUAACAGUUGUGUCAUAAUGCCUUAAACUUUGACCAUUCAAAUAAGCAUCUUGUUUACAAUUUUAUUAAUAGUGUUGCCAUAACUAUAACUAGUUUAAAAAAAUUGAUAACACUGUGUUGUAAAACAUGAGAUAAUCUGUGACUAUUAGUGGUUUCAGAAAGGGAUGAUGUUGCAAUUGUUCUUUCUGUCUUGGUAGGUGUAUUUCUUCAGAAUUAAGGAACUUCAGUUUUCAUUACACUCAGUAAAAGUGCUACCUUUUACUCGAUACUUUUGCCGUUAGCCACUAAAUGCCAUUCGCUUCUAUGUGUAUCUGCUGAUAUAUCAGUCAGUCUUCCUCAAAAAAACCCAAAUCUUUGAAGUCCUUCAAAAGUUUUCUUCUCAACAGGUACUUCUCCAAACCCGGGUUGCUGAUGGCUCCUGUUUCAGUAGACAUUUUAAGUUUGGGGGUUAUAUAGAAUCCCCAGAUUACAAUGCCAAGAUAUAAACUGUAAUAUCUUUUACUCCUUACAUGGUGCAGCUACCUAGACAGUUGGUUUUACUGUAUGCUGUCCAUAAGGCCUCCUUAGGUGUGCAUUUCUUCAGCUAUGGGAGGAAGAGUGGAGAGAGGAUGCAGAGGAGGAUACCAGCUGCGGAGCACAGCUGCAUUCAACUCUGCCUGGGCCCUGAUGCCUUCUGAAGUGCAGAAGAUGUUAGAGUGACUAAAGGACUCCUUGUUAAUUCUAGGAAAUAAGAAUGAGGUGGGACAGCUAAUGUUGUUAAUUUAUUGAUGCACAGGAUUUUCGGUCCUAAAACCACUUUGUCAUACUUUUAAACCUACGGUUAACACAUAAAAAAAGUUACAUGAAAGGCCAAGAAAUCAGAAACAAGAGUAAGCAUUUUCUCAUAUGAAAAUUGAAUGAUUUUUAAAGACAAAAAUAAAUAAAUUCUGAGUUGAUUAAUGUGGUAUCGGUAUGUGAGAACGUGCUUGUCUUUCCUGCAGUUGAGAAAACAGGGAUAGGGAGAAAUGCAAAGUAGCAAAGAGGUGAAGAAAAGUAUUUCAUUGCUAUUGUUAGGAGAUUGCUUGUUAAAAAAGGAAAGUCUCCCAUUCACAGGUGCUUAGAGCUGAAACCUAUUACUCUAGACCUUGUCAUUUUGGAAAGAUAUUUAUUUGACCUAAUAGGCUUUUUUCAGCAGAUACUUGUGGGAAGACUCUCCUCCUUUCUUAUACUGCAGGCGACAGUAUAAUCAGGAAAGGCUGAGAGAGCAUAGGAGAAAUGUGAUGGGCAAAAGAAAACCGGAGUAGACAGAAUGGAAACCCCCAUGCUUUGGUCUGAGAUUCCACUGACUCAGUGUUGAAGGCCAGCUGCCUUCUGGAUUGCCUUUCUGCAAUCUGGUGAUUAAGGUUCAGCAAUGGAAGAAAAAAAGUCUGUUAAGAUAGUCUUUUCCUAGGGAAUUAUGAAGUAGAAUUUAGUCCACUUUUAACGGUUCCAUGGUGGUGGAUGUUUUGGAAUAUUCUUACUUAGUCCCAAAUUCAGCUCCAAUAGUAAUAUCCAUCCAUAGUUUGUUUAGAAGUGUGGAAUGUACCUCAGUCCCAGAGUUCCAUUAAAUGUCUCUGUUUGAACUGAA